AUGUUAACCCCUAAUAAUGCCUGCUCCGUGCCUACCUCUUUCCAGCUCACUGGCAUCCCUGGCCUGGAAUCCCUGCACAUCUGGCUCUCCAUCCCCUUUGGCUCCAUGUACCUGGUAGCUGUGCUGGGGAACAUGACCAUCCUGGCAGUAGUAAGGAUGGAGCACAGCCUGCACCAGCCCUUGUACUUUUUCCUGUGCAUGUUGGCUGUCGUUGACUUGGUCCUGUCAACCUCUACCAUGCCCAAACUACUGGCCAUCUUCUGGUUUGGUGCCCAUAACAUUGAUGUGAAUGCCUGUUUGGCCCAGAUGUUCUUCAUUCAUUGCUUUGCCACUGUUGAGUCAGGCAUCUUCCUUGCCAUGGCUUUUGAUCGCUAUGUGGCCAUCUGUGACCCACUGCACCAUACCUGGUUGCUCACCCAUGCUGUGGCAGGUCGUUUGGGACUGGCUGCCCUCCUCCGGGGGGUAAUCUACAUUGGACCUCUGCCCCUAAUGAUUCGCCUGAGGUUACCCCUUUACCAGACCCAAAUCAUUGCCCAUUCCUACUGUGAGCACAUGGCUGUGGUCGCCUUGGCAUGUGGUGACACAAGGGUCAACAACUUAUAUGGAAUGGGGAUUGGCUUCCUGGUAUUAAUCCUGGAUUCACUGGCCAUCACUGCCUCCUAUGUGAUGAUUUUCAGGGCUGUAAUGGGCUUGGCCACCUCUGAAGCCAGGCUUAAAACCUUAGGGACAUGUGGCUCUCACAUCUGUGCCAUCCUCGUUUUCUACAUCCCCAUUGCUGUUUCUCUCACACACCGCUUUGGCCAUCGUGUGCCUCCCCAUAUCCAUAUCCUUUUGGCCAACAUUUACCUCCUCAUCCCACCUAUCCUCAACCCAAUUGUCUAUGCUGUCCGCACCAAGCAGAUCCGAGAGACUCUUCUCCAUAUUAAGGCAAGGACUCAAACCAGGUGA